UCAGGACCCGAAUAGACCUCGCGCUAUUUUCGAUAUAAAAGGUGCAGUCUUUCAUCUUGGAAACAAGCUUCUUUUUCUUCUAUUCACUUAUACUGCACAUAUCUUCUCUUAUCACACAACCAUGUCUGUCGUCUCCAACGCUGCUAUCCUCAAUAAGUACCUUGCUCUUGACCAAAAGGGCUCCGUCCAGGUCGAGUAUGUCUGGAUCGAUGGUUUCAACCAGCUCCGUAGCAAGACCAAGACCGUGACCAAGGUCCCAAAGUCUGCUUCUGAUCUCUCCGAAUGGAACUUUGAUGGCUCAUCUACUGGCCAAGCCGAGGGCCAUGAUUCUGAUGUCCUCAUCCAGCCCGUUGCAUUGUACGCCGACCCCUUCCGUGGUGGCGACAACAAGUUUGCCAUCUGCGAGACCUUCAACCCUGAUGGCACUCCCCACAAAACCAACUACCGCCACGCCUGCAAGAAGAUCAUGGAGGCUCACGCUGAUGCCAAGCCUUGGUUCGGUAUUGAGCAGGAAUACAUGCUCAUGGAUCCCCAGACUGAGAAGCCCUACGGCUGGCCCAAGCUCGGCUUCCCUGAACCUCAGGGCAAGUACUAUUGUGGUGUUGGUGCUGGCAAGAUUUUUGGUCGUGAUAUCGUCGAGGCUCACUACCGUGCCUGCUUGUACGCUGGCAUCAAUAUCUCGGGCACAAACACUGAGGUUGCGCCCGGCCAGUUCGAAUAUCAAGUCGGUCCCUGCGAAGGUAUCGAUGGUGGUGACCAAUUGUGGGCCGCCCGCUACUUGUUGGAGCGUGUUGCCGAAGACUUUGGCAUUGCAGUGACCAUCCACCCCAAGCCUGUCAAGGGUGACUGGAACGGCGCCGGUUGCCAUACCAACUUUUCCACCGAGGAAAUGCGCAAGGAAGGCGGUAUCGCUGCCAUCGAAAAGGCAAUCAAGAAGAUGAGCUUGCGUCAUAUGGAGCACAUUGCCGUGUACGGUGACGACAAUGACCAGCGUUUGACUGGCCAACACGAGACCGGCCACAUUGGUACCUUCAACUACGGUGUUGCCAACCGUGGCGCUUCCAUCCGUAUUCCUCGCCACGUCGGCAAGGAAGGCAAGGGCUAUCUCGAGGACAGACGCCCUGCUUCAAACAUUGACCCCUACCGCGUCACCGGCAUCAUUGUUGAGACUACUUUCUACCCCGAUAACUGAAGUCUACUAAUACAGUCUUCUCCCAACCCAUCUAAUCAUAUCAUUCCAACAGAACAUUUCCGUACCUCUUGAUGUAUCAUAUUCCCCUUAUUUCUCACCUUCAAAAUGCGUCUCUUUUUCUCCAUUUUUCUACUUCUACAUACUACCGAACCCAAAAAAAGCAUAUGCUGCCCGUAGAUACUCCACACGUAUACGAAAUAUAUCAGGCUAUUCAGUUUGGCUCCCUCUUAUCAGUAUCAUUUUAUAGUCCUAGAAAGCUGUGUAGUACAAACACCGACUACUGGUGGAGCAUCCUUAUCUUGGAGCGCAAUACAAUAUGUACAUAAUACCUGGCAUGAAAGAUAUGCAAGAGCGUCGUAUACAGUAGAAGAUUACCGUCAAUGGUUGCUCUGGACUGCUCUUUGCACAAAAAGAAAAAAUAUAAACUUGGCAUAAGCCAAUUAACUCAUGUUUCAUUGAUAUU